UAGUAUUAGUAUUUGUUUUCAUGUGUUACUUUUGGUUGUCCGGUGGUGUAGCAUAGGACACCGAAAAGAAUCUCAUCCACAACAUGACAGGAAAGGACGAGUUUGUUUCUUACUCGCCCCUUCCUUCCAACCCUAAUUCCAACCCUAACUCCUACCCUUAUUCCUAUCCUUACCCACAACAAAACGUCGUCGUUCUCCUCCCCUCUUAUCGCCCUCGUUCCCGCCACAACCACCACCGCACCUGUCUCAUCUACUCCGCCGCACUCCUCAUCCUCCUCCUCAUCAUCGCCGGAAUCUUCAUCCUCUUUCCAUCCGACCCGGAGAUUCACCUCGCUCGUAUCCGAAUCAACCACAUCGGAAUCCGAACCAAUCCGAAACCGAUUCUUGACCUAUCGUUUUCCCUCACCGUGAAGGUUCGUAACAGAGACUUCUUCUCCCUUACAUACGAUUCCCUUGAUGUUUCCGUCGGUUACCGUGGUCGUCAGCUAGGGUUGGUUUCCUCCGUCGGCGGUGCUCGGAUUAAGGCGCGUGAUUCUUCUUAUGUCGAUGUUGUGUUAACCGUUGAUGGAUUUGAAGUUAUCUAUGAUGCUUUCUAUCUGCUUCAAGAUAUUGCGAAAGGUGUGAUUCCGUUGGAGACUGAUACGCGUGUUGAUGGAAAAUUAGGGCUUCUCUUCUUCGAUGUUCCGUUGAAGGCAACAGUGUCAUGUGAAGUUUAUGUGAAUUUAAACAAGCAGACAAUUGUACGGCAAGACUGCUAUCCUGAGUCACUGGGUAAUACACUGGAUCGAAACGCAAGUAUUGCAGCCGGAGGAGCACCGUGAUUUUCAAACCUUUAGCAUCAUUUACUUAGAGCGGUGUUGUUGUUUACGGUGCUGGUGUUCUGCUCAUUGCAUUACUAUUAGUUUGCUCAUGCUGUACGAUUGUAUAUGCAUCACACAUACUUGUAAAUUCUGGUUGAACUAAGACCACAAGCAUCGUGUAUCUGACGCUUUUACGAUGUAAAAUUAAUGAUCAUAAACCAUGUGGUUAAUUCUUUA